AUGAGCUCUGCAGGGGCGAACUAUUCAGCGGCAUACCUGGCACAGUCGCGUGUGACCGAGGUGACGGUGGCAUACUCGGUCCCGAUCCCUGUUGAGAUCUUGACUACCGUGUGGCGACUCUGGAUCAAACUGCGGCCUUCCUCAGAGCAUGGCUUGACCUUUGACGACUACGUGAUGAUCUGGGCUACGAUCAUCGGUGUUGGCGUCUGCGUCAGUGGAUUGGUUUACGGCCCUCCCUAUGGGUUUGGUCGACAUGUCGCCGCUCUACCAACCAAGGAAGUCGAAACGUUCAUGAUGGGCGACUAUAUCUUCAGUCACUUCUACGAUGUUGCCAUCGCCAGCACCAAGCUCUCCGUGUUGGCGUUAUAUUAUCGCAUUUUCAUCACCCCGAAAUUCCGCCUGGUCAUCAUCUCAACCGUAGUUUGGGUAAUUCUAUGGCUCAUGACCAUGGAAAUUGUCCUAGGGCUGGAGUGUCGCCCGAUCGCGAAAUUCUGGAAUUCGAGCGUUGAAGGGACAUGCUUCAACCUUGUCGCCUUCAGUUACUUCACCAAUAUUGCGAACCUCGUCACUGACAUCUGGAUCUUUCUCCUCCCCCUACCCAUCAUCCUGCGCCUCCAGAUCACGAAAAACAAGAAAAUAGGCCUCAGCUUGCUCUUCUCCGUCGGCUUAGCAACCUGCGCAAUCAGCGCAGCCCGACUAACCGUCGUAGUCACCCAGGGCUCCUCCGACUACACCUGGGCCGGCGUCCCUCUUGGCAUUCUCUCCGCCUGGGAACCCCUCGGCGGCAUCCUCUGCGCCAACCUCCCGAUAAUCUACAAGUCCCUGGCUGCCGUACUCCGCAGCAUAAGGGGCACUCUUCGCACCCACGGCUCACGCAGCGCACACCCCUCAUCCACCCAGCGCCAAACGAAGUCCAGCGCCAACAACCAUCACAAUACCUGGCUUCAGCUGAAUAAUGGCAGCGGGGCCGGGAAUAGCUAUCGCUCUGAGAUCUUGGCUUUGAAGAGCAUGGAUGAUGACGAUGAUGAUACGGAGAUGCAGCCCAUGCGGGGGAUGAAUACGAUUAUGGUUGAGAGGCAAUUCGAGCAGGAGGUUAUCGAUCAGCAUCAUGACCCUUCUCUUAAUCAUCAUGAUGGGAGGGAGGGGGAUGAAGAGCCCUUGAGGGGGGGAAAGUGA